AUGAGUGAUUGGCGUAAAGCAGUUCGCACUCCCAUCUCAUACUCAGUCACUAAUAAUACGCUAAGACUUCAGACACAGUUCGUGACCGUAGUGUCCAUCGCCGGUAUUGUGGUCCUCUUUGUCUUGUAUUCAUUGGUGCCUAAGAGUCGGGUCACUCUGAACAACUCGACACAACACCAACACUUAGACGAUGAUCACCAGCACAUCCAUCACCACAAGGACUGCAACACACGGUCCGCAUAUAACGCCACUUAUCCGCUCUCAAGACCCGAAUACCUGUCCGACGAGAGGAUUAAGUUCAGAAUCGCUGUCAUCUCAGACUUGGACACCGACUCCCGCACCGACACUCAGCGCAACGCAUGGAUUAGUUAUUUAUUAAAAGGUUAUCUCAUUUACUAUCCCAAUGAAGACUACGUUCAGGUCAAGUGGGAUAAGCGGUCCAUUAGUUUGCAAUCGAGUCUCUCAUCGGAGGGACGAGCCAUGGAGUUGUCGGAACUGAUUGUCUUCAACGGCAAACUUUAUUCAUGUGAUGACAGGACAGGCGUGUUGUAUGAGAUCCGCGACGAGUCGCCCAUUCCGUGGGUUAUACUUACGGACGGCGACGGAAAUACUCCCAAAGGAUUCAAAUGCGAGUGGCUUUCAGUCAAAGAUCAAACCCUUUAUGUCGGAGGACUGGGGAAGGAGUGGACCUCCACUUCCGGACAACUUCUCAAUUAUAAUCCUCAAUGGAUUAAAACUGUUUCAACGAGUGGUGAAGUGGAUCACCAGAACUGGAGAGACAACUACCUGGCGAUGCGGUCUUCGUGUGGCAUUCAAUUUCCCGGUUAUGUGAUCCACGAGUCGGCCGUUUGGAGUGAUGUCCAUCACAAGUGGUUUUUCCUCCCGAGAAGAGUCUCUUCGACUCAGUAUAACGAGAAGGAAGACGAGAGGAAGGGAUCUAAUGUUAUGUUAAUCUCCAAUAAUGACUUCACGGACGUCCAGAUGAGAACUGUGGGACCAGCCGUUCCCACUCACGGCUUCUCCUCAUUUAAGUUCAUUCCCAACACUAAAGACAGAAUAAUAGUUGCCCUCAAGUCCGAGGAGGACAACGGACUGAUUAAGACAUAUGUAAUGGCGUUCACUGUCGAGGGAAAGGUUUUACUAUCGGAACAAUUAAUAGGAAAUUAUAAAUACGAAGGAAUUGAGUUUAUUUGA